AUGACACCCGAGAAACACGCCUCAUGGCGCCCACUCCCAGUCUCACACCCCGCCGUCCCCAACCUACUGGUCUCGGCCGCCUUCAGCACUUCACCCAUCUCAUACUCGAUAUACAUCACCGACCUCGCCAACGUGUGGCUUGAACGUCUUGACCGCAGAUCGAUCCUGCUUCGUUCUCUCGAGGAGAAGACCAGUAUUGACCCUAGCGACGACCCUGAAAACUUCAAGGAGCUGUUGCACCGGAUCGGCAGCGCCUUUGAUGCUGAAAACCCCCACCAUGCUGACGCAAGCCUGGCCCUGGCCUCUGGGCCCGAGCAGUCCACGGGUGGCAUCAACGACCUGGUCCUCGAGGUAACCUGCAUCCUGCCCGCGGGCCUCCAGCCGCUCAAGUGGCCCAUCAAACUCAAGCACGGUGGUGCCUCGGCCGUGGCGACCGAGCUGGUCCUGCCGCUGGUCCAGGCGCAGAUGGCUCGGCAUCUGGAGAUGGAGACUCUCCUCGCCGUCAUCAAGGAGAAGGAUGGUGUUAUCACCAAGGUGCUCGACAAACUGGACAGCAUGGGCGCCAGACUGGAUCAGAUCUUUCCCGCCCUCGCAGCUUCUGGAAAGAGGAAGAUCACGAGAGCAUUUGCCGAGGCUCGCGUCAAGGGUCUUGCACCGUAUGACAAAGAUAAAUUUCUGCAGCAAAUUGGCAAAACUGGCGAGGAAGCGAAUAGUGAUCCUUUGCUGGAUGGACCGGAGCAGCCCAAAAAUGUUCAAGAACUUGUCAAGAACGUUUUUGGAGGCGGCUCGGGACUGAAGCAUCACUCAUCACUCGACUACUCUGAUUCUCCAGCCCUCAACGACUGGUGGAAGGACUUGGGCGAGGGGCCGGGCAAGGUCGGAAAGGCUGUGCUCGUAGAGAUAAACAAGUCUGGAAACGAACCCAAAGGGAACAAGACCCACUCGCCAGGUUCAUCUUCGAAACGGUGGGCUAGAGACCGCAGGAAAGAAGACGACGAAGAACACACAAACGGCAAGGCUGGGGACGACGCUGACGACGAUAAUGGCGAUGACUUUGAAGUCCAAGCUACGCCGCCACAUUUAAUGCCUGCUCGUAAACAAGGGAUAAACACGACGAAAAGCCCACAGCCCACCUAUGACGAUGAUGCCUCGACAGCCAGUGAGGCCGAUGAAGAUUUCGACACCCAGAUCCCUGACAGCAAUCCUCCAGCCGAAACACGGACCCCGGCCAAACCCAAGGCUACGACGAGAUCUGCAGCCAAACCGGCCCGUCUAGGGACUAUCGGAAAAAAGAAGCAGCCAGAGCCAGAGCCAGAGCCAGGGCCGGAAGUCGACGUGGACCCCGAUGCAGCGACUGAAUCCGGCUCUGAGACCGGAUCAGGAUAUGAAGAGCCCGCCGGAAACACCAGCACAGACGAUGAUGCAGAGACUGCCUCGGAAGCCGAAGAUGCUUCCGAGUCCGAGCUUCCUCCGCGAAAGACAGCGGCCAAGGCCAAGAAAAGGGGUCUUGGACGGAUUGGCGGGCUCGGCAAGGCCAGGAGCACUAGCACGGCCAACUAUGCUGAAGAUGUGGAAAUGGCAGAGCCCCACCCGGCUUCCAAGACUGCGGCAGACGAAGACGAUGCUGAGUCGGAGGGAGCCACUGCACAACCUGGCCCGAGCAACAAAGCCUCCAAGCCGGCCAGGAGACUUGGGACUAUCGGCCACAAAGGCGCCGCACAAAAACAAGCCUCGACAGCGCUUCCAGGGGAUGGCAUGGGCGACAAGCGAGGUCGCCCAGCGUCCAGAGAAGAGAGCAAAGAGCCAGCUGCCAGGGAGACGUCAGAAGAGCGCGCGAACCGGCGGCGGGAGGAGCUACAGCAACAGCUAGCCAAGAAAGCUGCACAAGGGCCGGCGAGGAAAAAGAGAAAAUUCUGA